AUCGGCUUUCUGUCAUUUUUUUUCAUUUCUUCAUGGUGUGAACGUUAUGGGGUGUUGAACAUUUUGUGAAGUAAAAUCUAAAGUUGAAGGGAAGAAAUGGAAAUGUUAUCGUCAAGGGUAGCUCUCGGAAUAGCAGCUGGAGUUUGCGGCACGUUAUUUUUAGGAUAUUGCAUAUAUUUUGAUCACCAAAGACACAGCGACCCUGAAUUCAAAAAGAAGCUACACGAACGACGACGAGCCAAAAAAAUGGCAGCAUCCUCGACCAAACGCACAACCGUUUUCCCAGACAUGAAAGAUCACGAAGCUGUCCAAAGAUUCUUUUUGCAAGAGAUUCAGCUGGGUGAGGAAUUGCUCGCAGUCGGUGACUUGGAAAACGGCGUUGAUCACAUUGGAAAUGCUGUGGCUGUUUGCGGACAACCAAAUGACUUACUUAACCUCUUACAGCAAACUUUGCAACCACAAGCUUUCCACCUCCUCAUUCAAAGACUGCCAGCUGUGGCUCCUCGAAUUGUUAAAGCGACUCCUGCUAUGCAGGAAGAAGAUGUGGAGUAGUUUAAAUGCCUUCACUAGUCUCAUUUUAGAUGGUUUCAUUAUUACAUCAAUAAAAAUUGUUACGAAUUGCAAUAUACUAGAUGAAUGUUUUGUAUGUUUUUAUUUGGUGUAAUGAUUUUUCUGUAAAUAAAACUACGACUGUAACGAACACCCAUUGAGAAGGCAGUCGUUACUGAUUGCUGCAAAUAUCAAACUUUUAAUCUUGUAGUAGCUCAUCUGUUGCAGUCAUCGUACGAUUUCUUUGUGCAGAUUGUGCCUUGAGUAAAGUUUAUUUUCAAUUA